CCUCGGCUUCCUCCAUCGCACCCACCCGGAGCGCCUCCUCUUCUCCAGCGUCCGAUCCCCAUUCCCCACCUCUCCUCCUCCCUCUGCGGCCAGCUCCUGCCCCCUUCUCUCCCCCUCCUCGCCCCUCCGCGCGCGCGUUUUUAUAAGGGUUUCGGCGGAGGCGCCCGGUCGCCGGCGAUGGCGGACGACGGCGGGAGCCACGAGGGCGGCGGCGGCGGCGGCGGCGGCGGAGGCUACCGGGAGCAGGACCGGUUCCUGCCCAUCGCCAACAUCAGCCGGAUCAUGAAGAAGGCCGUCCCGGCCAACGGCAAGAUCGCUAAGGACGCUAAGGAGACCCUGCAGGAGUGCGUCUCCGAGUUCAUAUCCUUUGUCACCAGCGAGGCCAGCGACAAAUGUCAGAAGGAAAAGAGAAAGACGAUCAACGGGGACGAUUUGCUUUGGGCGAUGGCUACAUUAGGAUUCGAGGAGUACGUCGAGCCUCUCAAGAUUUACCUGCAAAAGUACAGAGAGAUGGAGGGUGAUAGUAAGCUGUCUACAAAGGCUGGCGAGGGCUCUAUAAAGAAGGAUGCGAUCAGUUCCCAUGGUGGCACCAGUAGCUCAAGUAACCAGUUGGUUCAGCAUGGAGUUUACAACCAAGGGAUGGGCUAUAUGCAGCCACAGUACCACAAUGGGGAUACCUAAUAAAGGGCUAAGACAACCAAAUUUUAUGUGUCUAUCCAUCAGCUAGGGAAGUCUCUGCAUUGCUUACCAUGUUUAUUGGCAGAAAACAGAAGGCACCUACAAAGGGUGUUGAUUUUUGCGAUGGCUGCCUCUCAGUUGUAAAUUGGCUUCCAUGAGAAUAGUUCACCUAUGGUUUAGCGCUGCUUUUGUCUGUAUAUUUAGAAUGGUUUGACUGCUGCUAUUUUUGCUACCUAUUACAUUCACAGAUAUGUAUUAUUAAGCAUAAAUAUAAUGUAGUAGUCCUAGGCCUAAAUAAUGGUGAUUAACAUACAAGUCUGCUACCAGUCUACUCAUUUUCUGGAACAGGAUUCAUGCUUGGCUUUCCCUCCAGCCUGAAUGCGAAGCUUGUCUGAAUCCUAAUUUGUGCGUCUGUGCUGUGGGGAUAUCAGAGCAUGUCGUCGAAUCC